AUAGAAUAGAGAUAAAUGCCGCAUAAGUGUUUAUUUGUAUCGAUUUUUAUUGUGGAUUUUUAUAUUUUCAAUAAAAUAAUUAAAUGCUGCAAGUAUUAAAAUUAAUCCAGAGGUUCUGAGAAGUUCUUUAUAUUAAAUACAUACGCAUUGUUAAAUUAAGUUGUACGGGAAUAAUGAAUAAAAUAAUUGAAAAGUGUUUAUUCAUAUUAGCAGUUUUAUGUGGUGUAUCAACAUCAAGAGUGUUAGAAUUAAGUGACAAAUUUAUCGAAAUCAGUAAUGAUGGUAUUUGGUUUGUCAAGUUUUACGCCCCAUGGUGUGCACAUUGUCGUCGUUUGGAACCAGUGUGGGCUCAUGUGGCACAAACACUGUACAGUUCACCUAUCAAAGUGGCUAAAGUAGACUGCACAAGGUUCAAUGCAGUAGCUGCUCAUUUUAAGAUACGAGCUUAUCCUACGAUCAUGUUCAUUAAAGGUCCAUACCAACAUGAGUACACUGGUGAUAGAGUAAAAGAAGAAAUGGUGAAUUAUGCACUUCGAAUGUCUCAGCCAGCAGUUCAAAAAGUGUCUCAUGCAGACAGCAUAGGAUAUCUGAAAGAAAAUCAUCCCAUAUUCUUUGGAUUCAUUGGAAAGCAACAUGGUCCAUUAUGGGAAAUCUUUACAAUUCAUGCUGAAAAGUAUCAACCACAUACAUGGUUCUAUGCAAUGACACAUGAAGUUGUGAAACAUGAAUUGAAACCACCAAAUGAAAGUGCAAUAUUUGUUUACAAAGAAGAUGAUGCAUUUUUCUUUGAAGCUAACUCAGCAUUGUUGGAGGACAAGGAAGCCUUAAAUGUGACAUUGGAUAAAUGGAUUAACUCUGAGCGGUUUGGAUUUUUCCCGAAGAUUACUAGAGCAAACAUAAAUGAUUUAAUGGAUACUGAAAAAUACAUAGUUAUUGCAGUUGUAUCAGAAAACAAAUUAAACGAAAUCACACAAACUGAGCAAGAUUUUAAGGACAUGAUAGAAGGAAUAAUUAAGAGCAGAAAGAGAGACCUUCACCACCGCUUCCAAUUUGGUUGGAUGGGUACUCCAGAGCUAGCCAACUCUAUUGCUAUGACUGAAUUAACUGUACCCCAUUUAUUGGUGCUGAACUCUACUACCAGCCACCAUCACAUGCCUGAUGAUGAUCCUGUUCUGAUGACACCAGAAGCAGUUGUGAUGUUUUUGGACCAGAUACACAACCAAGUUGCUCCUGUUUAUGGUGGAAAUAAUUGGCCCGUUCGAUUGUAUCGCGGAUUUUUCGAAGCAAGGACGACCCUUACUAACAUGUGGCGAGGGAAUCCUGUCUUGACGGCGCUUGUGUUUGGAUUACCUCUUGGUUUCCUGUCUCUUAUUUGCUAUUCUGUUUGCUGUGCUGACAUACUGGACGCAGAAGAGGAAGAGACUCCAGAGACACAUGAAAAGAAGGAUUAAUUUCUUGAUUGCGCUGUAAAACUCGCAUCAUGCUUCGCCAUCUUAGCAUCAGCUUUUAUUAACUACAAAAAAAAGGACAUGGUAGCGUAGAAAAAUCAACCACCAAAGAUAUGAGCAAUUUCGUUUUAAUGUCUAUAGUAAAUAACAUUUCAAAAUUUAAGUGUAUGAUUAUACCUAGAAUAUGUGCGAAGUCAUCGUCAAGUCUCUAGAUGAAAAAGUGUGAAAAUAAAUAUUGUACAUAAUUUUAGUAAUGUAUAAUUCGAAUCAUCGCUGUAUGUAUAUUAACCUUUUAAACUAAUAAGUAC